AGUCUAGAGGCAUUACUAAAGCAAUAUGGAUCUCUGGCACCAAGGAGAUAUAGCUAUUGGGAAAUAAAGAAAAUGACGAAUAGAUUCAAAGAUAAGCUUGGUGAAGGAGGUUUUGGAGAGGUUUACAAAGGUGAACUUUCUGAUGGCCGUGCAGUUGUAGUGAAGAUUUUAAAAGCAUCUAAGGGUGAUGGAGAAGAAUUUAUCAAUGAAGUUGCAAGCAUCAGCCAGACUUCGCAUGUCAAUGUCGUGUCUCUUUUAGGAUAUUGUCUUGAUGGGAGCAAAAGAGCUCUAAUUUAUGACUUCAUGACAAAUGGAUCCUUAGAGAAAUACAUAUACGGUGAUGGUUCUCUCUUGGGACUGAACAAAUUGUAUCAAAUUGCAGUUGGAAUUGCUAAAGGAUUGGAGUAUCUUCACUGUGGAUGCAAUGCAAGAAUUUUGCAUUUUGACAUAAAGCCUCAUAACAUACUCCUUGAUGAAGAAUUCUGUCCUAAGAUAUCAGAUUUUGGUUUGGCAAAACUAUGCACCAGGAAAGAACGCAUUGUUUCCAUGUUAGGAGCACGAGGGACUAUUGGUUAUAUUGCUCCCGAAGUAAUCAGUAGGAGUUUUGGAGGAGUAUCACAAAGGUCUGAUGUCUAUAGUUAUGGAAUGAUGGUUCUAGAAAUGGUCGGAGGAAGAAAGAAUGUCAAGGAAGAAGUGAGCCAUACAAGUGAGAUAUAUUUUCCUUGCUGGGCGUAUCAGCACGUUCAGCUAGACGAUGACCUGAAGCUACAUGGGAUUACAAACAAAGAAGAAGAAGAAACUGCUAGGAAGAUGAUAUUAGUAGGUCUGUGGUGCAUACAAACUGAUCCAGCCCAAAGGCCAUCAAUCAGUAAGGUUAUUCACAUGCUAGAAGGAAGCCUUGUCUUAGAAAUCCCACCAAAACCUUUAUUAUGUUCUCCUUGUUGUUCAGGAAGACAUUCUUUGAACACACAGGCAAUGCCACUGAACACCUCCGUAAUUUCUUCAUCCAGUUCAUCACUUUGUUCUACUGAAGAAUCAGCAAAUUUCAUAGGCACAGCUACCAAAGACGGAACUUUCCAGAAGUAA